AUGCGCACACAAGGAUGAAUUUGGCACGCAACGUGUCUACAAGAAGACUUCACCAAAUUGUGUGCUCACACUCUACUUACCUUCGCGAGAGAUCACACUUUCCGGCAAUAAUCCAGCUAUAUUGCGAGGCAUUAUUUAUGUGGAUCCAAAGGCGAUACAAGGUUACAGGGUUUAUGCACAAUUAACGUUGACUUUCCGUUACGGCCGCGAGGAUGAGGAGGUGAUGGGUUUGCGUUUCUGCAAUGAGGCUAUUAUGUCGCUACAUCAAGUCUGGCCAAGGAAUGAGGAGCCGGCGCGUGAGUCACUCAGUCCACUGCAG